GUCACACUGCGGUCUCAGCACGUGUAGAAUUUGUAACUCUUCCAACAACAUUUCCAAAUAGUUUAAGUGCGAGAAAUAGUAGCGAAAAACAUGGUCAGUUCGGAGGCAAAGGGAACUGCAAAGGUGGCGAAAACAGGCGUUAAGCCACCGCCGGCCUUCAAGCCCAACAAAUCGCCCGGCAAGCCGGUCAAUGGACAGAAAUUUAAAUCUGCCGGAGGAGGUGCCAAGAGAUUUGAUAAGCCCGCCGGAGCAGGGUCGGGCAAGAGGUUCGACAAGUCUGGUGGUGGAGCGGGCGGUUUCAAGAAGUUCGACAAGUCCGGUGGUGGAGCGGGAGGUUUCAAGAAGUUCGAUAAAUCCGGUGGCAAAAAGUUUGGCGGAAACAACAAUAAUAAGUUUGCUGGAAAGCCACAACAGGCACCGGCGGAGGGCGAGAAACAGGAUUGGGCCAAGUUCAAGCAGGAGAAAAAGGACCUCAAGCUGAAGCGCAAGAGCACCAGGGACACCUACGAAAUUACCAAGGAGGCCAAGCAGAUCUACGAGAAGCUGCGAUGCCGCCGCACGGAGAACAAGGACAAGCUGGUCGAGCAGAUAUACAAGGUGCUCAAUGUGGGCGACACCAUAUCCAAAGUGGUUAAGGCUCACGAUACCGCCCGCGUGCUGCAAUGCAUGCUUAAAUAUGCUUCUCCCGCUCUCCGGGCGGAAAUAUCCGACCAGCUGCUGCCCUUCACCGUGGACAUGUGCCAGUCGAAAUAUGCCCAGUUUUGUGUCCAGCGAAUGCUUAAAUACGGAGCACCAGCGACCAAAACGAAACUGGUGGAUAGCCUGAUGGGUCACGUAGUACGGCUGGCUGGUCAUAGCAUAGCCAGUAGCUUGCUGGACACGAUGUACCAGAGUGCCACGCCCCAGCAGCGCAUCCAUAUGCGCCAGGAGUUUUAUGGCGAUCUGUAUCGCAAGGCGAAGGACUCAAGUGUCAAGUCGCUGAGUGACACCUACAAGGAAACAACCAAUAUGAAGGCAUCUAUUCUGGGCUCCGUGAAAGCGAAUCUGGAUCAUGUGGCCAAUAAGCAGCUGGUGGAUAGUUCCCUUGUCCAUGCCGUAAUGCUGGAAUACCUGCGUGCCUGUGACGAGGACGAGGAGAAGCUGGAGGAGACCGUGACUGCCUUUGCGGCGCUAGUGCCCCACAUGCUGUCCACCAAGGAAGGCAGCGAGGCCGGUGUUAUUUGCUUCUACAAAUCCACGCCCAAGAACCGUCGAGCCAUUAUUAAGAACAUUAAGGAGCAUCUGCUGAAGAUCGCCACCCACGAGCAUGGCCACGUUUUCCUUAUCUCGCUGCUCAAUGCCCUCGAUGACACCAAGGCCACCAAGAAGGCCAUCUAUGACCAUUUGCAUGGCGAUUUAAAGACGCUGGUGGGUAACCAGUACGGCCGUCGUGUGGUUCAGUGGCUGGUGGCACCGGGUGAUACCACCUGCUUCCAUCCAAAGUUUAUUCGUUUGGUGGACGAGGGCUUGGCCUACGGCAAGAAGGAGAAGGAGCUGCGUCGCAAGGAGAUCUUUGAGCAAAUCGAGGCACCAAUUGCCGAAAACAUAGUCGAGGAUCCGGCCUUCUGGCUGUCCAACAGCCACAUUGGCCUGGUCACCGCCGAUGUCCUUAAUCACCUUCAAGGCGAAUCGUAUGAGAAGGCGGCCACCGCUUUGGCCAAAGUGAUUGCCCAGCCGGAGUGGCGCAUUACAGCGGAUGCGGCCGGGCCACAGCCACAGGAUAAGAAAAAGGCACACAACGAUGUGGAGGCCAUCAUAGCCGAGGCUACCAAGCAGCGUAAAAAACUGCUCCAGACCGAUAUUAGCAGCAGCGACGAUGAGGAGGACGAGUCUGAGGAUGAUGAUGAGGAGGAGGAGGAGGAAGGCGGAGCCCCCAAGCUGAAGAAAGCUAAAAAGGAGGCCAAGAAGGCAAAGGCAGAGGAGCCAGCAGAAGCAGCACCACAAGUCUCUGGCAUCGAGGAGGCCGGCAUGCACAUAGUCCUGAAGAAGAUCCUCAAGAAUGAUGUAAAGCGUGAGGGUGCCAUUACCUUUGGACAGCAGCUUCUGGAAAACCUAGCCGCCGAUGUGGAAGUGCUCAACUCUUGGCUAAGUGUUAAUCGCGCCUGCUUUGUCCUCGUCAAGCUGGUGGAGAACAGUCCGUCGCUGCUGCAGUCCUGCAAGGAGACCAUUUCGUCGGAGAAGAGCCUUAGCCAGACACUGCUUGGCCAGAAGACGCCCGGGGCCAAGAUGUUGGCCACCAAACUGGCUUUAAAAAACAGCAAAUGAAACCGAGAACGAAAUCCCCGUUUUUGCUAGCUUAGACAACUUAAUUUUUUUAAAUACAUAAACCUAUAUAUUGAGAAA